AUGGGCACAAAACAUGUAGAGUAUGAAGAUUCUGUUGAAAUACAAAAAAUUUUAAAUGAAUUACUAAGUACAUUACCAGAUUCACAAGCACAACCUGUCAAUUUGCCUCUUGAGCCUAACUAUUCAACUGUUUAUACUGGAACAGAGUCCUCUGGAAUAAAUUUAAUGGGCACAAAAAAUGUAGAGUAUGAAGAUUCUGUUGAAAUACGAAAAAUUUUAAAUGAAUUACUAAGUACAUUACCAGAUUCACAAGCACAACCUGUCGAUUUAUCUCUUGAACCUAACUAUUCAACUGCUUAUACUGGAACAGAGUCCUCUGGAAUAAAUUUAAUGGGAAGAAAAAAUGUAGAGCAUGAGGAUUCUGUUGAAAUACGAAAAAUUUUAAAUGAAUUACUAAGUACAUUACCAGAUUCACAAGCACAACCUGUCGAUUUAUCUCUUGAACCUUCUAGUAUGGAUAUUAGUAGUGAUAAUACACAGUCAUGCAAAAAAAAAGGAAAGAGAAAUUACGAAGAUACUGAUGGUUUAGGUAAUCAGGAUAGUGGAAAUUAUGUAUACAUUAGUCCAAAAAAAAAAUAUAAUUAUAAUGAAAAUGGUAAAAAUCUUGUUUAUUCUCUUUUAAAUGUUUUCGAUAUUGAAAUUAAGUUCAUAUCACAAAAUGUAGUUCCAAAUUUACAAAAAUUAAGAUAUAUAUUAAACGAUGACAAAAGAAAUACACAUGAUGAUUUAGAAAAAAAAUUUAACACAAGUAUUUUGUCAUUAAGACACAUUAUAAGUGAGGAAAUACAAAAAAUUAAUCAUUCUGAUCUAACAGCAAUAAAAGAUUAUUAUGAUAAAAAUAUAGAAGGAAACCAAUCUGUAAAAAACAUUAAUAAUUUUAUUUUUUCAUUUAGACAUACAAUGAAUGAUAGAUUUAAUAAAAAAGAGGAAAUGUAUGAAAAAGUAGAUCACUUUUUAAAAAUUCUUCAUGAUUCAAUCUAUGAACAUAAAUUUCUGAGGAACUUAUAUUGCAUUAAAUCAAUUAUUAUAAACAAUUCCAUACAUAGUAAAUUAUUUUCUGCUCCAUUUAUUCAUUCAGUUAAAACCUUCAAAAAUAUUUUUGAAUUAUUUAAAUUAAUGGAUGAAUUAAUAAAAAUUGUAGAAAAAUCAAUUAAAAAUGGAUUUUUAUUAAAAAAACAUAAUUAUUUUGUUGCGGUUCAAAAAAUGAUAUGUGAUAUUUGUGCACCGAUAACUACAAAUAUUAGAAAUGAUUUGACUAGGCUUGAUGAUAUUUUGAAAAUAUUAAAUUUAUCAUAUGAAAACUACAGUAUAAUAAUACAAACUAUUUUUCAUUUUUUUAAAGAAGAAAACGUAAAAAAUAAAAAAAAAUUAAGACAUGACAUAAAUAAACUUUAUAGAAAAAAUUCUUUUAGAGCUAUUUGUGAUUUUUUAUCAGGGGAAGAAAAGUGCAUUUUAUGGUGCUAUAAUAAAGCAUCUGAAAUUUUUAAUUUAAAUUUAAAUGAAAAAAAUAAGGAAGAAAUGUCUUUCAAUGACUUAGUAAAUAAUGAAAAUGCUAUAAAUAAUUUGUCUUCUCUCCAUGAAAUCCUUAUGAGAUUAAUUGGAGCUUUAUUUAUUAAGAAACAGUUAAUGAUUAUUUCGGAAAUACGUAAAUCAUUAUUAAAUAUGAAUUCAUCGAAAAAAAGGAAACAUAUUUCACAUAAAACAAUGCAAAUUAAAACAAGAGAACAUCAAUCAAAUUUACUUUCUCAAAUAGAAAGUGAAAGAUGUAGAAUGGAAAAAGUUAAGUUCAGUAUAAGAAAUUUGUAUUUAUUUGUUAAUGUAAAAAAAGAUAUAGAAAUUAUUAAAGUAUCAAAUGAUUUAGAAAAUGAAAUGAAAGAAAUUGUAUCAAUUUUACGUUUCCUUCAUCUUAUAACAUGCAAAGAUGAUAGAACUAAAUUAAAUUUUAAAAAAAAGGAUAAUACGGAAAAUGUUUUGCUUGCACUAUAUUAUGCCUACAAAAGGCUUAUAGAGUUUACUGAAAAUGAAACAUAA